AAGGGCAGGGAAGAAAGAGUGCAAGGAGGAAUGUCCUCCCCCACCCCCAGUCUUUUGUAAUAAGCCUGGUAUUUUCCCACCAGGAGCAGCAGCAGCCCCAAUUCCUGCGGCCCCCCCCCCCCCCAAAUCUGAGAGAAUCUCUGAUGCUGUACGGAUUCCAUUCCUUUUGUUUGCCGGCUGAGAGAGCGCCGUGUUUUUCUCACUGAACUGCUUGUGAGCUUUGGAGGGUUUGAACAUGGAAGACGAACGGUCUGCUAGCCCCCAAGCAGAAAGAGAUCCUGAGGCCAUGGAAGAUGGGGGAAAGCGGGGAUUCUGGGCUGGAAUGGGGCAGAAGGCUCUGGAUGAGUACACAUCCAGCUCAGAUAUCCAGCAGCAGCUCACCAGGAAUUUUUGCUACCAGGAGGCUAAGGGCCCCCGAAAGAUUUGCAGCAGACUCCACCAUCUCUGGCGUCAGAGUCUGGAGCCAGAAAGGUACACCAAGGAGCUGCUGGACCUGGUGGUCUUGGAACAGUUCUUGGCUGUCCUGCCCCUGGAGAUGCAGAGCUGGGUUAGGGAAUGCAAACCAGAGACCAGUUCCCAGGCGGUGGCCCUGGCAGAAGGCUUCCUCCUGAGCCAGGCAGAGGCAAAGAAGCAGGAAGAACAGGGGCCCUCCAAAGGGACGGAGAUCAACCCCUCUGACCCCAGACAGGAUCGUCUCUUCCAGGGGAUCAAGCAGGAGAGCAACGGAGGGGCCACUUCUCUGGGGAGUGAAAGGACACAGGCCGGAUAUUCCGAGCCUUCCUUCUUUUUUGAAGCAGUGAGAACAGACUACGGGCUGCCAGAUCAGGGACUGGUGACCUUCGAGGACGUGGCUGUGUACUUCUCAGAGGAGGAGUGGGCUCUGUUGGAUCUGGCCCAAAGGGAUCUCCACCAGGAAGUGAUGGAGGAGAUCCACAGGAUUCUAGCAUCUCUGGAAAGGGAGAGCAAAGGAAAGGAAAAGGAGCAGAGAAGUUAUACAGAAGCUCAGAAAAAGCAGAGUAAGGAAUCCAUUAUUUCUGUAGAAAAGGAUAUCAUAAAGAAGGACAACCUUAAUGAACAUCAAAGAGUGCAUAAGGAAGAAAAAUCAUAUCCAUGCUUCACUGAAAGGAGUAAUCUUACUAUCCACCAGGGAAUUCACACAGGAGAAAAACCAUGUCAGGUCUCAGAGUAUGGAAAUUUUUUUAAGAAGAGUAGCCUGACUACCCAUUAUAGAAUUCACACAGAGGUGAAACCAUAUAGAUGUGCUGAACGUGGACCGACCUUCAGAAUCCAUAUAGGGGAGAAACCAUGUAAAUGCUUACAGUGUGGAAAGAGCUUCAGGGAUAGCUCGAAUCUUGCUUUUCAUAACAAAAACCAUACAGGAGAUAAAGCAUAUAAAUGUUCAGAAUGUGGAAAGGGCUUCAGUCAUCAGUCCAGACUAACUAUCCAUUAUAGAACUCACUCAGGGGAGAAACCAUAUGGAUGCUUAGUAUGUGGAAAAAGCUUCAGACAGAAGAUCCUCCUUCGUACCCAUCACAGAAUCCACACAGGUGAGAAACCAUAUAAAUGUUCAGAGUGUGGAAAGAACUUCAGUGACAAACGUUCCCUUACUACCCAUCACAGAAUCCACACAGGUGAGAAACCAUAUAAAUGUUCAGUGUGUGGAAAGAACUUCAGUGAGAAACGUUCCCUUACUACCCAUCACAGAAUCCACACAGGGGAGAAACCAUAUAAAUGCUCAGUGUGUGGGAAACGCUUCAGUGACAAAGGUUACCUUCCUACUCACCUCAGGAUCCACACAGGGGAGAAGCCAUAUAAAUGUUCAGAAUGUGGAAAGUGCUUCAGUCAAAAGAAACGACUUACUGCCCAUCACAGAAUCCACACAGGGGAGAGACCAUAUAAAUGUUCAGAGUGUGGAAAGAGCUUCAGUGACAAAGGUUACCUUACUACCCAUCUCAAAAUUCACACAGGAGAGAAACCAUAUAAAUGCUCAGAGUGUGGAAAGACCUUCAGUCGUAACACCAACCUCACUACCCAUUUUAGAAUCCACACAGGGGAGAAACCACAUGAAUGCCUAGAAUGUGGGAAAAGCUUCAGGGAUAGCUCAAGUCUUGCUACUCACCACAGAAUCCACAUAGGGGAGAAACCAUAUAAAUGCUUGGAGUGUGGAAAGAGCUUCAGUCGUAAGACCAGCCUCACUCCCCAUUAUAGAAUUCACACAGGGAAGAAACCAUAUAAAUGCUUAGAGUGUGGAAAGAGCUUCAGAGUGAAGACCAGCCUUACUACCCAUCACAGAAUUCACACAGGAGAGAAACCAUAUAAAUGUUCAGAGUGUGGGCAGAGCUUCAAUCAAAAGAUCCUCCUUACCACCCAUCACAGAAUACAUACAGGAGAGAAACCAUAUAAGUGUGCUGAGUGUGGAAAGAGAUUCAGGCGGAAGACCUUCCUUACUAUCCAUCACAGAAUACACACAGGGGAAAAACCAUACAAGUGCUCAGAGUGUGGAAAGAGUUUCAGAGUGAAGACCAACCUUAUUACCCAUCAUAGAAUUCACACAGGGGAGAAACCAUAUAAAUGUUCAGAGUGUGGUCAGAGCUUCAAUCAGAAGAUCUAUCUUAUUACCCAUCACAGAGUUCACACAGGGGAGAAUCCAUACAAAUGCUCAGAGUGUGGAAAGAGUUUCAGUCAAAAGAUCCUCCUUACUACCCAUCACAGAAUACAUACAGGAGAGAAACCAUAUAAGUGUGCUGAGUGUGGAAAGAGAUUCAGGCGGAAGACCUUCCUUACUAUCCAUCACAGAAUACACACAGGGGAAAAACCAUACAAGUGCUCAGAGUGUGGAAAGAGUUUCAGAGUGAAGACCAACCUUAUUACCCAUCAUAGAAUUCACACAGGGGAGAAACCAUAUAAAUGUUCAGAGUGUGGUCAGAGCUUCAAUCAGAAGAUCUAUCUUAUUACCCAUCACAGAGUUCACACAGGGGAGAAUCCAUACAAAUGCUCAGAGUGUGGAAAGAGUUUCAGUCAAAAGAUCCUCCUUACUACCCAUCACAGAAUCCACACAGGGGAGAAACCAUAUAAAUGUUCAGAUUGUGGAAAGAGUUUCAGUCGGAAAACCUACCUUACUACCCAUCACAGAAUCCACACAGGGGAGAAACCAUAUAAGUGCUUAGAGUGUGGAAAGUGUUUCAGAGUGAAGACCAGCCUUACUACUCAUUGUAGAAUUCACACAGGGGAGAAACCAUAUAAAUGUUCAGAGUGUGGGCAAAACUUCAGUCAGAAGAUCCAUCUUAUUACCCAUCACAGAAUCCAUACAGGAGAUAAUCCAUAUAAAUGCUCAGAGUGUGGAAAGAGCUUCAGUCAAAGGAUCCUCCUUACUACUCAUCACAGAAUUCAUACAGGGGAGAAACCAUAUAAAUGUUCAGAUUGUGGAAAGAGUUUCAGUCGGAACACCUUCCUUACAACUCAUUACAGGAUCCACACAGGGGAGAAACCAUAUAAGUGCUCAGAAUGUGGAAAGAGUUUCAGAGUGAAGACCAGCCUUACUACCCAUCACAGAAUUCACACAGGGGAGAAACCAUACAAAUGUUCAGAGUGUGGGCAAAGCUUCAGUCAGAAGAUCCAUCUUAUUACUCAUCACAGAAUCCACACAGGAGAGAAACCAUAUAGUUGCUCAGUGUGUGGAAAGAGUUUUCAGAGAAAGAUCCAUCUUAGUACCCAUAACAGAAUCCAUACAGGGGAGAAUCCAUAUAAAUGCUCAGAGUGUGGGAAGAGCUUCAGUCAAAAGGUUCACCUUAUUACCCACCAAAGAAUUCACACAGGAGAGAAACCAUAUAAAUGCUUGGUGUGUGGAAAAAGCUUCAGGGAUACCUCAAGUCUUGCUUCUCAUCACAAAAUCCACACAGGAGAGAAACCAUAUAGUUGCUCAGAGUGUGGAAAGAAUUUCAGUCAAAAGGUCCAUGUUAUUAGCCAUCAAAGAAUCCACAUGAGGGAAAACCCAUAUAUAUGUUCAUAGUAUGGAAAGAGUUUCAGAUGGAGACUUCAAGGUGCUAAAUUUAUUGCAGUGAAUUUAUAUUUGUUGUGAACUGUCCUGAGCCCAUGAGCAGAUACAAAACCAAUAAAUAAUAAUAAUAAA